AUGUUGAGAGUGGUGGCUUCUCCGGCGAGGCCGAACCACAUGCGAUCUGCUGCAGUUGUAUGUUUUCCUCGAUUCAGCACUGAUGCUUCUGAUAGCGAGCCUAGUUUCUUUGAACAGGUGGAGUUGUUUUAUGAUAAAUCGGCGGCGUUGCUGCAAGAUAAGCUACUUAAGAAGGUACGGGGUAGAAAUAUGUCGAUGGAGGACAAGAAGAAGGUGGUUGAUGGGCUGUUGUCUGUUAUCAAGCCGUGCAACAAUGUAAUGGCUGUCAACUUCCCCAUUAAGCGAGACAACGGCAAAUAUGAGAUGAUCGAGGCAUACAGGGCACAACAUAGCCAGCACAGGACCCCUUGUAAAGGAGGUAUCCGUUACAGUAUGGAUGUAAAUCUUGAUGAAGUGAAAGCCCUGGCUGCUCUGAUGACCUACAAGUGUGCUGUUGUAGGUGUUCCAUUUGGGGGUGCUAAAGCUGGUGUGAGGAUCAACCCAGCAGAGUACUCAUUAAAUGAGCUAGAAAAGAUUACCAGGCGGUUUACUGUAGAGCUGGCCAAAAAAGGAUUUAUAGGUCCUGGCAUAGAUGUGCCAGCUCCUGAUAUGGGAACAGGGGAGCGAGAAAUGAGCUGGAUUGCAGACACAUAUGCCAACUCGUUAGGUCACGGAGACAUCAACGCUAAAGCUUGUGUUACUGGCAAGCCUAUUUCUCAGGGAGGUAUUCAUGGGCGUAUCUCAGCCACAGGCAGGGGUCUGUACCAUGGAAUCGAAAACUUUGUGAUGGAUGCCAGCUACAUGAGUAUGGUGGGACUCACACCUGGCUUUGGUGACAAGACUUUUAUAUUACAGGGCUUUGGUAAUGUGGGCUUACACAGCAUGAGGUAUCUCACCAGAGCUGGGGCCAAAUGUAUUGGUGUGAUGGAGGUAAAUGGAAGUAUAUUCAAUCCUACAGAUGGUAUCAGUGCCAGGGAAUUGGAGGAUUAUAAAAUUGAACAUGGAACCAUUGUGGGCUUCCCCAAGGCUCAGGCUUACACAGGCAAUCUACUGUUUGAGAAAUGUGAUAUUCUGGUGCCGGCUGCAAGUGAGAAACAGAUCCACAAAGAGAAUGCAGAUCAAAUUCAGGCUAAAAUUAUUGCAGAAGGUGCAAAUGGCCCCACUACCAUGGCUGCAGACAGUAUACUCCUGAAGAAGAAUGUUCUCAUUAUUCCUGACUUGUUUGUAAAUGCUGGCGGUGUCACUGUGUCUUAUUUUGAGUGGCUGAAGAACCUCAACCAUGUCAGUUAUGGUCGCCUCACCUUUAAAUAUGAGAGGGAUUCCAACUAUCAUCUGCUGGAGAGCGUCCAGAGAUCUUUGGAGCACAAAUUUGGAAAGAAUGGUGGCAAAAUCCCUAUUGUACCAAGUGAGGAGUUUGAAAAGAGAAUAGCGGGUGCAUCAGAGAAGGACAUUGUACACUCUGGCUUGGAGCAGACCAUGGAGAAAUCUGCACGUAACAUCAUGAAGACUGCACAAGAGUACCACCUGGGACUGGAUCUGCGCACUGCUGCAUACAUGUCUGCCAUCGAGAAAAUUUUUGAUGUCUACCAGGAAGCUGGCCUGACCUUCACAUAA